GGAAGGCUUCCGUUGUGAAGAGGAUAUCAAUGAAUGUGCAUCAAAUCCCUGCAUGCAUGGGAUCUGCAUCCAGAACGAACCAGGCUUGGGCUACACCUGUUACUGCAAACCUGGAUUUGUGGGCCGAAGCUGUGAGCUUAAUUACGACGAUUGCUUAAUACGUACUUGCCCUGCUGGGUUUCUCUGUGUGGAUGGAAUAAACAAUAUCACCUGUUUACCUGCAGUCCCCCAAAGGGGACAAACCAUCAUCAAAAUGGAAGGAGUGCCCCCUAGUGAGCCAUUACAGAGAGGCCUCGCAUCAGCCCAUCCAAGCCUCCCGCCUUCUGACCUUUAUAUUUUUCAAACUUCCACAGAUUCUAGCUAUAUCCAAUACCAAGGGAAUUCUUACAUGGAAUUCGAGGGUUUUCGUUUGCAACCGCAAAACAACAUCAGUUUAGAAUUCCAGACCUUCAGCUUCGAAGGAACCAUUCUUUAUAUUGAACAGAACCCAAGAACAGUGGGACAUUUCGUUAUUCGACUUUCUGUCAAACAUGGGACCUUGCAGUACCAAUUUGUAUGCGACAGCAUAGGAGAAAUUAGAAACAUCAGUACUAAUGUGAGAGUGGAUGAUGGACAGAAAUACAGAGUGCACGUUAGGCAAGACUUGGCAAUGUGCGAGGCUGAAGUGACUAUCCUGGGAGUAGCUACAAAAGCAAGCAUGUCCAGCAACCAUUGGUCGACUUUCAUUUGGGAUGCAACAGGACCAAUAUUUGUCGGUGGUUUACCGCAUCCUUAUGCAACAAAGCAGGUGACUGAACCCACCUACAAUUUUACCGGCUGUAUAGAAGUUACAGAAAUCAAUAACUUGGGACCCUUCACCUUUGCUAAUGCUGUGAACAAAAACAAUAUUGGCAGUUGCAGAUUUCCUCUAUCUGAAGAAACACCGAUGGAUGUCUCUGGCACUGUUUCUGAAGCACUCAAGUCAGCUUUGCCCUCACCUGCUCGCCCAGUCUCGUUGUCAGUCUGCCAAGAGAAUUUGUGUCAUAAUGGAGGAACAUGCCAUCCUAUCAAUCUUCCUGAUGGCAUCAACUCAUUUCAGUGUGACUGCCCUCUGCAUUUUACUGGACGCUUCUGUGAAAAAGAUACAACCCUAUUUUUCCCAUCGUUCGCCGUGAAUUCAUAUUUGGAGCUACCUUCUCUAACAUCUCUGUCUAAGGAUAGACAUGCAUCAGGACCACAGUGGAACCGAAUGAUGAUCCACUUGACAGUGAAGACUACUGCUUUGAAUGGCACCCUCCUUUACACCGGUGAUGAGCAUGCCGGAGGACAUUUUCUUCACCUUUACCUUGAUGAUGGCAGACCAACAGCUCAGCUUGGCUGUAGCAGUUCAUGGGACAUUCUGACGGCAACUGUCAAUCACUCCAUUAGCAGAGAUGCCCUUGUGCCGAUCACAGUCAGCUAUAUGUUGCCUUCUGACAGUCCCGAAAGCUAUUGCCUGCUUGAAAUGACUGCAAAUGAAAAUCCUCCUGUACGUCGGGGGCUCUUCCUGCCACAUCGGUUGACUCAGGUUAUCUUUGGGCCAAUAUUCCUUGGGAAUGUCCCAGGUCACAUUAAGAUUCAUCCGAGCUCUGGGUGGAUUUAUGGCUUCAGAGGCUGCAUUAGGGAGUUCCAGGUGAACAACAAAGAACUCUUCAUCAUAGACGAAGCCUUGGGAGGAAGGAACAUCGAGAACUGCAAUGUCCCUGUUUGUGACUACCAUCCAUGCCGCAAUGGUGGCACUUGCACCAGUGAUACAGAGAACUGGUUCUGUGAAUGCUCUGUUCUCUACUCUGGGAAAUUAUGUCAGCUUUCAACCUGUGAGGAGAACCCAUGUGGAAACGGAGCAACAUGUUUUCCAAAAUCCAGCCAAGACACCGUGUGCCUUUGUCCCUUUGGAAGGACUGGAAUCCUUUGUAAUGAUGUUAUUAAUAUUACCUAUCCUAACUUCAGUGGGACAGAUAGCUUUGGCUAUACCUCAUUCCUAGCCUAUUCAGCGAUUCCAAACAUCAGCCUCUACUAUGAAUUCCAACUGAAAUUUCAAUUAGCAAACCACAACUCUUCACUGCAAGACAACCUGAUAUUUUUCACUGGUCAGAAGGGUCAAGGUCUUAAUGGCGAUGAUUUCUUAGUGCUAGGCCUACGCCGUGGCCGCCUGGUGUACAGCUACAACCUAGGAUCUGGAACAGCCACUAUCAUUAGCGAGCUGCUAGAUCUGACACGGCAUAUUCACGUGGUCAGUCUUGGCAGAUUUCUUCAGGAUGGCUGGAUGAAGGUGGAUGACCAUGAAAACAAAACCAUCACAUCUCCAGGAACUUUGGUUGGGCUCAAUGUCUUCAGCCAGUUUUACGUAGGAGGUUACAUUGAAUACAUCCCAGAACUCUUACCGAAUGGAUCCAAUUUUAAGAACGGCUUUCAAGGUUGCAUUUUUGACAUACGAGUUCGCACUGGGAGGGACCAGCCAUUUAAAGCCCCAGGAAUCCCAGAAGGCCACCCAAAUGCUGGUCGCAGCGUAGGACAGUGUGACGAGUCUCCGUGCCGCUUCAUAAAAUGUGGAAAUGGGGGGACGUGCGUGGAAAGCGGCUCUACCGUUUACUGCCAUUGCCCCACUGGCUGGAAAGGAGCAUUCUGCAUGGAGACGGUUUCUGUGUGUGAUCCUGAGCACAAGCCACCCCACAGGUGCAGGCAAGGUUCCACCUGUGCCCCACUGCCUGGCGGCUACACCUGCCACUGCCCACUAGGAACCACUGGUGCCUACUGUGAACAAGCCCUAACCAUAAGCGAUGCAUUGUUCAGUAGCAACAAAUCUUCUUGGAUGUCAUUUGACUCCUUCAGCAUCCGACGCAAGGUUCAUAUUGAGUUGCAAUUCCAAGCCCUUUCAGCAAACGGCAUCCUCUUCUACACUGCCCAACACCUGAGCCCACGAUCAGGCGAUUUCCUAAGCAUCUCCUUAGUAAACUGGUAUGUACAGCUGCGCUACAACCUUGGCGACAGAACGGUAAUUCUGCAGACUUUCCAAAAUGUACACAGCACAAGCGGUACGUGGUAUUUAAUUAAAGCAGGAAGAGUUGGCAAUGAAGGCUACCUCGACCUCAAUGGCAUCAAUAUAACCCGAGAAGCUAGUAGUGGCAUGACUGCCUUAGAUACACGCACAGACUUCUACGUAGGUGGAGUCUCUUCUUUAAAUCUGGUUAAUCCCAUGGCAAUCAAGAGUGAACCCAUCGGCUUCACAGGCUGCAUUCGAGAGGUUCUUGUCAACGGCAGAGGGCUAAAACUGAAUGAGAAAGGAGCUAAAGGUGGCGCCAACGUGGGCGACUGCGAUGGAACUCCUUGUGGGUAUACAGUGUGUAAAAAUAAUGGAGAAUGCAAAGUUGAACCAUCGGGUUUCUAUUGCUUGUGCCCCAAGCAUUGGAUGGGGAAGACAUGUGAGCAAUCUGCUUAUUGUUCACAUAGUAAAUGUCUAAAUGGAGGCAUUUGUAUACCUACCCCAGCUCUACUUUCAUAUACAUGCGCAUGUAAACUUGGCUGGUCAGGUCUCCGUUGUGAAAAAAAGAUCUCAUUUUUUACUGCAAAAUUUACAGGCAAUUCAUACCUCAAAUACAUAGAUUCCAACUAUAAAAGAAGGGACCUCAGAUUCACUAGGAUAUCUUUCAAUUUCACCACUGAUCAUGAGGAUGGUUUACUUGUAUGGUUAGGGAAGGCUGAAAAUGAAGACAAUGAUUUCCUUGCAGCUGGACUUGCUAGUGGAAUGCUGAAAGUUAUGGUGAACCUCGGAGAAAGCAUUGCUGUCCCUCUUGUUCUGCAGAGCAAGUCUCUAUGUUGCAAAAAAUGGUAUUUUGUCACUAUUGCACAGAACAAGACUCUCAUCAAAGUGUACCUUGAUGACCAAUUAGUUCUCUUUGAAGAUCUAGAUCCACAAAGAAAAUAUACUGCUCUCAAUUAUGGAGGGACUUGCUAUUUUGGAGGAUUUGGGCUUGAUAGGAGAGUGAACACUGUCACCUCAGGGCUCUACAAUCAGGAGUUAGUUGGCAAAAUUAAAGACGUCCUGUUUCAAGAUUCUAAAAAGAUCCUGCUGAUUAAGGCAGAAGGCUAUAAUGUUUAUAGUGGAGAUAAGGAUUAACUGUUGAAUAAGAACCUUUUUAUGUAAGUACAAAAUAUGAAUCUUUACUUACAGUGCAUGAUGCAUUAUAGGAAACCUUUCCUUCAGGCUCCUUGGCUGUCUCUGAGUGAGGUUUUAAUCCUAGCCAAGCUAUUUUCCCUUCUCUCUGAGAAGUUCGACUGCAGAAAUGUUUAAAUUCCCCAAGCAACUAAUAGUUGAAAGAAGGCAAUUCUUUUGUGUUAAUUUAGGUGUUUUAAAACAGAAAAUGAUUUUAUUUUCUAUAUCAUAGGUAGCUUUUGUAUAUGAAGUGAGACUAAUGUAUAUUCAAUAUAGAAUUAUAUUAAUUUUCUGUUAGCUUAUUCUCAUAGAACUUUGCCUCCAAGUUUUAGAGCAUACAGUAUUCAGAAAAUAAAUGCCAAAUGAGAUAGAAACACAGUGGUAAAAGUAUUUUUUUAAAAAACCAAACGUGUUUACAGUUCGCAACAUUUUAUUGACUGAAUGUCUGUGUAUAACACACACAGCUUUUUACCCCCAGCCAGAACUUCCCAGAAAUGUGGGGAAAGACCUGACCAGCCUCAGCAAAGCCCCACUGUGCCUCCGACUCAUGAGGAGACCCUCAGUGGAUCCCAUACAUCAUCUACAGUCUCUGGAGAGGCACAGGUGAGCCUGCGCUUUGCUGAGGCUCUUCAAUGU